UCCUCUGUAUCCGUUGUCAAUGGAAGUCCAAAUAAACCAAACCAAAUAACCAGAAUCCUGGAGCUUCCAAUUUGCAUCCAUGGGCACCCCCAACCCAAACCUAAACCCAUCAUCCAUGCGGGUCCUAGUCCGCCCACCUCCUACACCCACCGCCAAACCCACUUCCAAUUCACCCACCCAAACCCUUCCGCUUCCCUCCUCCGCAGACCCUCCCUCUUCCGACGGUGUUGUCGUCGUGGGCUUCAUUGGCCGGAGCCCCGACGACUCUGCUCAACUCAUCAACCGGAUCCUCGACUCCAACGUGUUCGGGUCGGGCAAUCUCGACAAAAGCCUCUUUCUUGACAAAGAGGAGCUCAGGGACUGGUUUAGGUGGCGAAGAAUCAGUUACUUCCAUGAACAGAAGAAGGGCAUUCUGUUUUUGCAGUUCUGCUCUAUCCGGUGCCCCGCCGUGGCUGAUGGGUUCUCGGAUUCCAGGUCGGGUUUUGACUCUUCAGUGGAAGAGCAUGACUUUGGGGACCUUCAGGCGCUGCUCUUCAUGUUCUCUGUUUGCCAUGUAAUAGUAUAUAUUCUGGAGGGAUCACAGUUUGAUUCGCAACUCCUACAAAAGUUUCGAGUGUUACAAGCUGCCAAGCAUGCUUUGGCUCCGUUUGUGAGAUCUAGAACUGUGCAGCCAACUUCGUCCAGGCCACCUUCAACGUCAUCCUCACGGCCUACCACAUCCGCUACCUCCACUAGCAAUUCUUCUCAAGGUAGAAGUGGUGGCAUCUUGACUCGCAAUGCUUCUUCCAUUUCACUUAUGUCAGGUUUAGGUUCCUACACUUCUUUGUUCCCAGGACAGUGUACCCCAGUCACACUGUUUGUUUUUAUUGAUGAUUUCUCUGAUGCGCCAAAUCCCAGUUCUAAUCUGGAGGAGUCAGCAGAUACAUCCUCACUUAAUCAAUCGUCUAGUGUGAGCAGUUUAGCAAGGCCAAGCUUGCCUGUUAAAGGUUCGGGUUCAGUGGUUGUGCUUGCCCGCCCUGUGAGUAAAUCUGAGGGCAGUUUUCGGAAGAAACUGCAUUCAUCCCUUGAAGCACAGAUUCGUUUCUUAAUUAAGAAGUGUAGAACACUCUCAGGUUCUGAAAGCAGUCAUGCGGGGUCAAGAAGCGGGGGUGCUUCAAAUUCAGCACCUUUAUUCUCCCUUGAUGCAUCAAGGGCUGUCCUAUUGUUAGAUAGGUCUACGAAUCAGAGAGGUGAAUCUCUUGAAUUUGCCACAGGACUUGUGGAAGAUGUUUUGAAUGGGAAGGCAACCUCAGAUUCUCUUCUGCUUGAAAGUCAUGGUCAGAAUGCAAGCAAAGAGGAUAUCAUAUCAGUCAAGGAUUUUAUUUACAGACAAUCUGAUAUUCUAAGAGGCAGGGGGGGACCGGUAAAUAAUUCCAGUAGUGGUUCAACUGCUGGUGUAGGUAUGGUUGCUGUUGCUGCAGCUGUUGCCGCUGCAUCAGCUGCAUCUUCAUCUGCUGCAUCUUCAUCCGCUGCAUCUGGAAAGACGAUGUCUACUCCUGAACUUCCAAAUUUCCAAAUUUGGUUAUCUUCCAGUCAACAAAUUCUUGAUGGAGUUCUUUCUGCAAAAGGUGGGUGCUUAUAUGAAACUGAAAUUAGCAAACGAAAACUUCGGCUAAGAAACACUGUUCCACAGCAGGCUGAAGGAGUUUCUUCAAAAGGUACGGAUCCUCUAGAUUUAGCAGUAUCUUGCCUGGAGAAUGGUAAAAGGCUAAACACAAAAUUUUCAAUUUUGUGGUGUGAAAGGACUCUUCCAGCUGCUAAAGAGGUUUAUCUCAAAGACUUGCCUGCUUGUUACCCAACUUCACAGCAUGAAGCCCAUCUAGAGAAGGCUUUGCAAGCUUUCCAUUCAAUGGUGAAAGGACAUGCAGUGCAACAGUUUGCAAAAAAGUUGGAGGAUGAAUGCACAUCCAUCUGGAAAUCUGGAAGGCAACUGUGUGAUGCCGUUAGUUUGACUGGAAAACCGUGUAUGCACCAGAGACAUGAUGUUGAAGCUAGUGAAUCACUUUCAGGAGUUCCUGUGAAGCAACAUUCCAGUGGAUAUGUUUUCCUUCACGCAUGUUCUUGUGGUCGUUCACGGAAGCUAAGAUCUGAUCCUUUUGACUUCGAGUCAGCAAACAUUACUUUCAAUUGCUUCCCAGAUUGUGACAAGCACCUUCCCACACUUCAACUGCCUGAAGUAAGCAAUACAGGCCCUAUUCAACCUUCCUCAUGGAAUUUGGUCCGCAUUGGUGCUGCAAAGUACUAUGAACCUUCUAAAGGCUUGCUUCAAAGCGGGUUUUCUUCCACUCAGAAGUUUCUUUUGAAAUGGAUAAUACAUUUGGGAAAGCAGAAAAGCCUGAAUGAGUUACCUACCAGUGCAGUGCAACAAGGUUCAGUAGUUAGGUCAGAAUCCAACCUCAAGUUUGAAUCUAAAGCUGGUGUGCAGUUGUACACAGGGGAGUUAAAAUCUGGAGUAGCAAGUCAUAGAAAACCUGCAGAGGACGUAGUGUCUGAUGAUAAUAAAAUCAGUUUUGGGAAAGGUCUUCCCAAUUUUACCAUGCGUAAAGCUUUUUCUGAGGUUGUCGCUGGAACAGCGACUGUAGAUUCAGGAUUUCCUCCUAUCCAGCCGAGGAAAAAGUCUUCAUUGGGUUUAGAUAAGAUUAUCAAGAAAACUAGGACAAUGGAUCAGCGUGUAGAACGGACUAGUGAUAAUGGAAAUCGGAAAUCUGAAGAUGUUUUAUCUGUUCAGGAAAACUUUAGUGAGACCAACAGCACAAAUGGUGACCCCUAUCUACAGAUAGGUAGUAAUGUAGUUCCUGUUAACCUGAAUAGCGGUGAAAAGUUCAAAAUGAACCCUUCUUUAAAACAGGUAGUAGUGUAUGUUGGAUUUGAGCAUGAGUGCCCCCAUGGCCACCGUUUUCUAUUAAAUCCAGAGCAUCUUCAUGAGCUUGGGUCCUCAUAUCAAUUGCCUGAAGAAUCUCAGGAAAACUUAGACCAUAGCCUGCUGGAUAAUUCGAAAAUGAGUAGGAAUGGUUUCCAUGGUAAAGUUCAGCGCAAUUCAAAUAGGAUUGCUACUGCUACCGGUGCAGAUAAGGAGAGACAUGUAACUAAGUCAAAAGAGAUAGUAACUAUUGGUAAUCUGCAUAUAGAUGGGCUAAUGCAGUCAGGACCAGGGAAGGAGCAGAAUCACACAUCUUUUAAUGCAUCUCCAGUCCAGAAUUUGUCCAAACGUCUUGAAGGGAGCUUUCAGUCGAUUAGCCUUGAUGAUGGUGGAUGUGCUUUCUCUAUGUUGAAUAGAAAUUUACCAAUCUAUAUGAACUGCCCACACUGCAAGCUCUCUAGGGAUAAGCAAAAUUCACUGAAGACGAAGUUUGCUGGCACAAUAUCACAGCUUCAAAGGGUUUUUGUGGUCACACCUCCCUUUCCAGUGAUAUUAGCUACUUGCCCAGUUAUACAAUUUGAGGCAUCAUCUCUACCUCCCUCAAUCCCAGAACGUGAGCAGAAGUUGCAGUUCAACCUCGGAUCCCAAGUGGUUCUACCUCCAGAGAGUUUCAUUACCCUUAGGCUCCCAUUUGUGUAUGGUGUGCAACUGGAAGAUGGAAGUUUACAUUCUCUUGGUUGUUUCGAACAUCAACCUGAAGUAACCGCUUGGAUUACAAAAGGGACAACAUUGCAGGUCAUGUCCAAGAGAAACUGUGUUGGUCAAGAUGGAGUUCUAACAUAGUCAGAAUUGUAUAUCUUAGGAUUUAGCUUUGUCCUUGCUGAGUUUGUAAAGGCAGAUUUAGUUGGCUCCAUUACGGUCAGGCUAAAAUUUUCAUCGAUAUACAUGAUGUUGCAUAUGGUGAUUGAUAAAUUUCAACCUCAAAACUCACAUGAGCAUUCUCAUUUGCAGCCAGGAACUGUUUGAUUCUUGAACCUCUAGGUGGCUGGUGCUUGAGCGAAGCUUUUCAGAGCCGUGUUCACUCUUUAUUUAUGCUUGCUUAAGAAGCUAUGCAUGCCGCUGGAUGCCCUGGAUUUCGGCUGGCCCGUAAUCCUUGUUACAGUAUGGUUGUCAUGCCAAAAUAUACGGGCAAAUUGUGGCGGUGUUGUGACGCUUCCAUAUCUUGGAAGGAGCUUUUGCGCAGUUGCACUAGAUGGUCACCAUGAUGGAUGUGGUUGCAAUGUCAAUUUGGGCAAUCUUACUUCUCUCACUAUACUAAUAGUUAGCCAAUCAUUUAAAGCAUGUUUGGGAUUGCUUUCAGAAGGCUCACGAGCGAGCGUAGUGGAUUCAGGGAUCGUGAGUGAUCUUCCUCUUCCUCCCUGUUUGACAUGUUCACCACUCAAUGUACCAGUCCAUUCGCGGUUCAAUGCGACGCCUUCAAAAAGACUUUGAAUCUAGAAAUUCCAAGUGCUAAUUGCACUAAUUCCCCAACUUUUAUUAGUGUUGUCGAGGGUGAUGCAAAACGUAUUGGUUGAUGUAUUGUUGGUGUAUUCUGCACCGGCCUCUGAUGCAAAACUUCAGAGAGGAUUCUUUGGCUUCUGUUUGGCACUCUCUGGAAUCCUUCCAAAUUUGGAAUCACGGUUUCGUUUUGAUCGCCUUUUUUUUUAUCUAAAUCUAAACUACAUAUUAAUAAUAGUAAUAGAAUUUUUUUUGUUAACUAAAA